AGCUUCAUGCUGGGAACGGCAACUGGGGUGGGGGCGAAGCUGCCUCCCUUUCUCUGAGUUCGGCGCGGGGAGGCAGCAACACGGUAAUGGAGGCGGGUGCAGUACCUGAGAGUGGGCUGGAGAAAAAACUGCCCUUAUCUGAAGAUGGUGAUUCCAACAAUGGCAUCUACACAUGCUUCAUGAAGUCACAUCGGUGUUAUGACCUCAUUCCAACAAGCUCCAAGCUUGUUGUAUUUGAUACAUCUCUGCAGGUGAAGAAAGCGUUCUUUGCGUUGGUGACCAAUGGCGUGCGGGCUGCUCCACUCUGGGACAGCAAAAAGCAAAGCUUUGUGGGAAUGCUGACAAUCACAGACUUCAUUAACAUCCUUCACCGCUACUAUAAAUCGGCCCUGGUGCAGAUUUAUGAGCUGGAAGAGCACAAGAUUGAAACAUGGCGAGAAGUCUAUCUGCAGGACUCCUUCAAGCCAUUGGUCUGCAUUUCACCCGAUGCCAGCCUGUUUGAUGCUGUGACUUCUUUGAUUCAAAACAAGAUCCACCGGCUGCCUGUCAUUGACCCCGAGUCAGGCAACACUCUGUACAUCCUGACACACAAGCGCAUCCUCAAAUUCCUCAAGCUGUUUAUUGCUGAGUUCCCUAAGCCAGAAUUCAUGACGAAAACCCUAGAAGAGUUGAAGAUCGGUACUUACGACAACAUUGCAAAGGUGCAGACCAAUACGCCUGUCUAUGUUGCGCUGGGCAUCUUUGUACAGCAUCGGGUCUCUGCAUUGCCUGUGGUAGAUGAAUCAGGCCGGGUUGUGGAUAUUUACUCCAAGUUUGAUGUUAUUAAUCUGGCAGCAGAGAAAACCUACAAUAAUCUGGAUGUAACAGUGACCAAGGCAUUGCAGCAUCGCUCACAGUACUUUGAGGGUGUGCUCAAAUGUUACAAACACGAGACUUUGGAGACAAUAAUCAACAGACUGGUAGAGGCCGAGGUUCAUCGGCUGGUUGUGGUAGAUGAAAACAACGUGGUGAAGGGCAUCAUCUCCCUCUCUGAUAUUCUGCAAGCGCUAAUGCUGCCGGGGGGUCAGCCGCAAGAGGGCUGAAUCAGCUCAUUGGGGCCUGAAAUAUGGCACAGCUGUCCUUCCUUCAUCACUCUUUUGGCCAAACAGCUGCAGCGUAAAGGAGGCCGCGUGGUCCACUUAAAAAGCCAAUCUUCACGGAGUUAGUUCUCAUGGCUUCUCCCUCUUCAAAUCUUGGUUUCCUGAAUCUUCAAGGCCUGCUGUUCCUUUGAUUUAGAAACACUGAUUUUGUACUCGGAAUGUAGCCUCAGAUAGAUAACAGUGGCCAUUUUGGGAUGGGAAGAGCAUGUGUCAGAUUUCCUGGGCGAGUGUGAUAUAACCAUGUGUGGACACAAACUCAGAACUGUAAAAAUCCAGAAUAUAGAUCUUUGGGGAAUCUUGUUCUGAGUUUAAGUUAAAGCAGAAGUGCAGUACCUGAUAGUUCUUCCAUUUAUUGGUUUGCACAUCCUUUGCAUGUCAUGUGCAUCUAAGAAAUGUAUGUAAAUGAGUGAGAAACCCUAUCCAAGUAUCGCCUGCAAUCAUGUCCAACAAUGACUUUCUUCCCUUCUGAGACUCCCUGAUAGGCAUCUUUAUGCUACCCAGCUCCCAUUGCUCAUAGUGCUCUUCCUUGUAGCAGAGCUAAACUUUGUUUUAGAUGUUCCAAAUGGAACCAAUUUCAUCACCAGAGCUAAAAAUCCCUUUUGGGGCCAGGAUGGUGUGAUACUGUUUGGCUUCCUGCACUAUUUGAAUUUGCUGAUCUGUGCAGGGAGAGGCCUCAUUUGUCUUCUCUUUAAUACUUCCCUGUGAAAGGACCAGAGCCAGUAAUGAUCCUGCCUGGAAACAUUUUGAUCCUGUUUGCAACACAAUUUUUUUUUAAAAAAAACUAGGGCCUGUUCUUUACUGAAGUAUGUCUUUCCUUAUUGUAAAGAUAUUGCCUUGCCAAGAAUGCUAUCUCUUUUGCACAUUCCUAUAUUGCUUUCCUCUCCAGGUAAAUUGUACAAUAUAUAUUUUUGUAAAGUUGUAUCCCCUAUCUCCAUUCCUCUGUCCAUGCUUUUACUUUCAAGGAGAAAGCUUUCAAAAGUUGUGUGUGUCACCUUAAGCGGGACUUGAAGAGUAUGUUUGGUAAUUAUUUCAAGUCCGUGGACAGGAGUUAACCUUAACCCUGAAAAGCCUUCCUUUUAUUAUUUACUACAUUUUUUGAGAGUCUGUACUUAAUAAAAGAUCAAUCUGAAAUUUUAA